UGAAAAUCAAAUGUCAACUACAACUACUCAAACGACUUCAAAAAAUGAAUUAGUUAAGUGGAUAAAUGAAACAUUUAAAGUAAUCAAUUAAAUUUCUAUCAAAUUAGUUAACCAUAACUCAACUAGAAACCCUUGGUACUGGUUGCACAUUUUGUUAGAUAUUUGAAUAUUUAUAUCCAAAUUCAAUUCAAGGAAAUAAAAUCAUCUGGAAAGCUAACAAAGAGAAUGAUUAUAUAAAGAAUUUCAAGACCUUAGCAGAUGCUUUUACAAAAAACAACAUUUAAAAAUAAUUAGAUGUAUACUGUUUAUUUUAUUUUAGAUCUAAUAACUAUCAAAAGCUAAGUAUUAAGACAUUUUAGAUUUGGCACAAUUCUUGAAAUAAAAAUUUGAUAAGUAAACAGAAAAGAGAGAAAAUUAUGAUCCAAUUGAAUUUAGAAAAGUAGAAGAAAGAAAAGUCUUUACUCCAACCAAUAGAAAAACUGUAUCAACUCUUAAAGAUAAAACAAAUAAUGAAAACACAACAACAUCUACUCAUUCUUUGUUAGUUAAAAGACCACUUUCAAAAACCUCCUCUUGNUGUUUACUUCUUAAUCAAGGAUGGAUUCUUGGAAAGAGUAUUAAUUCUUUAAUUUUUACUCUAUGGCGCACUUAUUAUAGGAUGUUUAUACUUUAGCAAUAAGUUAUUUUCUGAUGUACUAAAACCUAACUAUUGCAGCUAGAAGAUGAUGAUUGGAUAAUCCCUUUCCUCUCUUAAGUCAACAAAUUGAUCUAAACAAUAUCAAUAAGUUUGGCACUCAGAUUGCUGAUAUUUUUUCUAAUCUUUGCCAAUUAUGUUUAAUUGAACAUAGAUUUAAUUCUUAUAGUAUUUUUUCUAUUUCAUUACAAAUUUAGGAAGUAUUUAUGGGUGAACUAGUUCCAUAUUAUGCUUUGACAUUUUUCAAAAUACCCCCUCCUAAACAUGACAAUGAUUCCAGAGCAGGAACUCAGAUGGAAUUAUAAAACUUAGAAGGUCCGCUAAUGAAAUGA